AUGAUUUCCUCUUCAGUCCAAUUCCUGCAACAGCAGCUGAUCGAACACAGCUUGCGAUCUUUCAUUGUGCUUCUCUUCCUCUUGCCACUCAUCUACGUAGUAUCAAAUGAGCUCGUCCGUCAUAAAGCCCGGCUUCCUAGCUUUACUGGACCAGCAGGAUUGCCGAUUAUCGGGAACAUUGCAGAUAUUCGCGUCAAUGCGGCCGAGAAGUAUCGUCAGUGGGCGAAGAAGUAUGGACCGGUGUAUCAGAUUCAGCUCGGCAAUAUUCCCGUAAUUGUGGUCAAUAGUGCGGAGUCGGCGCGAGUGAUCUUUGGCCAGCAUAGUCAGGCAUUGAGUUCGAGGCCAGUCUUCUACACGUUUCACAAAGUGCUGUCGAAUACAGCGGGCACCACUAUUGGGACAAGUCCUUUCUCCGACUCGCUGAAACGAAGAAGAAAAGGUGCCGCCUCAGCACUCAACAAGCCCAGCGUACAGACUUACAUCCCUCAUCUCGAUGUCGAAACCCUCUCCUUCGUCCGCGAAGCCUUCAAAUAUGGCUCCGCAGGCGCAAAACCCAUCGACCCAAUGCCACUCAUCCAACGCCUAUCUCUGAGCCUCUCACUAACCCUCAACUGGGGCACCCGCAUGGGCGACAGCGAAAACGCCCUCUUCCACGAAAUCACCCACGUCGAAGAUGAGAUCUCCCGCUUCCGCUCCACCACAGGAAACCUCCAAGACUACAUCCCCUUACUGCGUCUCAACCCAUUCAGCUUCGGCACGCGAAAAGCCGGCGAAAUGCGCCGUCGCCGAGACGUCUAUCUCAAUAAACUCAACCAAGAUCUCGACGACCGAAUGGAAAAAGGUAACCACAAACCUUGCAUUCAAGCGAACGUCAUCCUGGAUAAAGAAGCCCGUCUCAAUAAAGAAGAACUCACAAGCAUUUCUCUCACUAUGCUCUCAGGUGGCCUCGAUACUAUCACGACAUUAAUGCAAUGGGCUAUUGCUUUGCUUGGUCAACGACCAGAUAUUCAAGCCAAAGCUAUCGAAGAAAUUCGAAAAAUGUACGAUGAUUCUGCGGAGCAGAUUCUCUGUGAUGAGAACGAUGAUAUGAAAUGCGAAUAUGUGAUGGCUCUGGUCAAGGAGUCUUUGAGGUAUUAUACUGUUCUUCGACUUGCUCUUCCUCGGGCUACAGUUCGCGAUAUUACUUAUGAAGGGAAACUUAUUCCAGCUGGUACGACGAUUUUCCUCAAUGCGUGGAGUUGCAAUAUGGAUGAAGCAGUUUGGGGUGAUGAUGUUGAAGAGUUUCGACCUGAGAGAUGGUUGGAACAACCUGAUGCUCCAUUGUUUACGUAUGGUAUGGGGUAUCGGAUGUGUGCGGGUUCGCUACUGGCGAAUCGGGAGUUGUAUUUGGCUUUUAUGAGGAUGUUGUCGUGUUUUGAGAUUGUGGGGGAGAAGGGCGAUGUGGAUGUUCAUCCUGUGAGGGGGAGUUCGGAUCCUACGAGUUUGGUUACUAUGCCGGAGAAGUAUGAGGUGAAGUUUGUGCCGAGGAAUGAGAAGGUUCUAAGGGAGAUUUUGGAGAGGAAGGAGGGGGAGGGGGUUUUUGAGUAG